AUGAGUUCUGCUGAGGAUUUCAAAAAUCAAGGAAAUCAAGCAUUGAAGGAAGGCAAAGAUGAAGAAGCUGUGAAACUCUACACGAAAGGUCUUGAGAUCGAUCCUAAUCAUCAUGUUUUGCUUUCAAAUCGUGCUGCAGUCUUUUUAAAGUUGAGUAAAUUCCCAGAAGCUUUGCAAGAUGCUACCAAAUGUGUCGAGGUACAACCAUCAUUCUCCAAAGGCUUCUUGAGAAAGGGACAAGCACUCUAUGGUCUCGGAAGACUCGAGGAAGCAUUUCAAGAAUUAACGAAUGGACUCAAACUUGAACCCAACAAUGAGCAAAUUAAGAAUUUAAUGAAGGAAGUGGAGACUGCCUUGAUCAACUCUGGCUUUUCAUCAUCGGAUCAAGAUAACAUGUCAACAGAUCAAGAAGGUCCUAUGGGAGCAGAUGCAGCAUUACCUCUCUUGAAAGUAUUCAACGAUCCAAAUUUAUUUGGUAAAAUUGAAAAUCAUCCAGAACUCGCCAAAUAUUUACUCGAGAAGGAUUAUGUGGAUGCUCUCAAAGACCUCCAAAGUAAUCCACAAAGCUUACAGAAAUAUAUUGCCGAUCAAAGAAUUAUGCAAACCAUGAUUUUCUUGAUGCAAGUGAAUCCCGAAAUGGAGGAACGUAUGAGAGCUGAGAGAGGAAAGAGAGAAGAAGAAGAACGACAAAGACGAAAGGAAGAGGAACGUAAAAAACAAGAAGAAGAAAAGAAGCGUUUGGAGGAAUUAAAUCAACAACCAGCCAUGAUUGAGAAGAAUCUCGGAAAUGAAUAUUACAAAAAGAAGGAAUUUGACAAGGCUCUGGAACAUUAUGAGAAAGCCAUUCAAUUGGAUCCAACCAAUAUGGUUCUCUAUUUGAAUAAGGCUGCUGUGUAUAUGGAACAAGGAGAUUUUUCGAAAUGUAUCAAGCAAUGUGAAGAGGCUAUUGAAGUUGGAAAGACCAAUCAUGCCGAUUUUAAAGAGCUUGCCAAAGGCUAUGCUCGAAUUGGUAAUGCAUAUUUUAGACAACAAAACUAUACACAAGCUCUUCACUACUAUACAGAGUCAAUUACAGAGCAUAGAAACCCAGAAGUUGUCAAGAAGAAGCAAGAAACUGAAAAGCUUAUUAAAAAAUUAGAAGAAGAGGCCUACAUUAGCCCAGAGAUUGCUGCUGAGCACAAGAAUAAGGGUAAUAACUAUUUCAAGGAAAAGAAAUUUCCAGAAGCCAUGAAGGAAUACAAUGAAGCCAUCAAGCGAAAUCCUAAAGAUCCAACACUCUACAGUAACAGAGCUGCAUGCUAUAUCAAAUUAGCAGAGUUUGCCUAUGCAUUGAAAGAUGCUGAGAAGGCAAUUGAGAUGGAUCCAAAUUUUGUAAAGGCCUACAUUAGAAAAGCACAAUGUCACAUGGCCUGUAAGGAAUAUCAUAAGGCCCUCACAACCUAUGAUCAAGCAAGCAAGAUUGACCCAGAAAAUGAGGAGGUGAAGAAUGGUAUGAGUGCUGUCAUGAAUGCCAUUCAAAAUAGUGCUGGUGAGAGAGAUGAACAACGAAUUCAAAAUGCCAUGAAGGAUCCAGAAAUUGCUGGUAUUCUUCAAGAUCCAGUCAUGCAACAAGUGUUGAGAGAUUUCCAAACUGACCCAAUGGCUGCACAAAGGCACUUGAGAAAUCCUGACAUUUACGGCAAAAUUCAAAAGUUAAUUGCCAGUGGUAUCAUUCAAACCAAAUAA